AUGCACGGCACGACGAUGGACGGACAGUUUCCUGUGCAGUACGGUCAGCCUCUCUCUCAGCAACAUCAACACCCACGCCAGGCACCGGUAACGAGUAUUGAAACGGAGCACAAUGACUCGAUCUACGAUAUCCAGUUGGACUACUAUGGCAAACGCCUGGUUACGUGCUCAUCCGAUCGAACAUUCCGCGUAUACGACGUGUCGAAGGCUGUUGUAGCUAGUACAGAUAGUACCGAGCAUUCAACAGAAAAAGAAAGUCAGGAGCAGCAGCUUCACAAUUUACAGCACGUGGUGCCUCUUAUUGACGACUCAGCAGCUCCAAUCCACCGUGUGGCAUGGGCGCACCCCAAGUUCGGUGCAGUGCUGGCUCUGGCUGCUCAAGAUGGCAAAGUAUACAUUUACCGAGAGGAAUUGGUGCAACAGGGUGCUGGAGGUGUCGGAAAUGUGACAGAGUGGCGUCUGAAACACGUGCAUGAAUUUCAUUCGCUGGCAGUACUGAGUGUGGCCUGGGCGCCGUACGAGUAUGGACUGUGUCUUGCAAGUGCGUCAGCUGAUGGACAAGUGUCGUUCCUUACCCGUAUGCGUGAAGGGUGGGUAACCUCGUCAAGUUUUCGCAACUCGGAGGAAGGCAUGGGCUGCACGUCGGUUAGCUGGGCACCCUACAACUCAUUGGGUUCGCAAGGAGCUCAAGGGCCGAUCCAACGCGUAAUCACUGGAUCGUGCAAUCAGGCGAUUACUAUUUGGCAUCUUAUUAUAAAGCCUCAAGAUGAUGGGAAUGCUGGCACCAGUUAUUGGGAAAUCGAGAACACCCCCUUGUAUGGACACAACGACUGGGUUCGUGAUGUAGCUUGGGCUCCGAAUGUGGGCAUCCCAGCGAAUGUGAUCGCGUCUGGAUCAGAUGAUCAUACAGUGCGUGUUUGGACUCAAGAUGAAGCCGAUGGCGAGUGGUCAUCCCACGUGAUGCAUACAUUUCGUGCGCCAGUGUAUCGAAUAAGCUGGUCACUCACGGGCUCGAUGCUUAGCGUCGCUGCUGGUGAUGACGAGGUUACCUUUUGGAAGCAGCAAAAGAAUCAUGAAUGGACGCAAAUAUCUUCUGUAACUGAUCAAGGUGCAACUACUAUCAUGAGCAGCUAG